AUGACAAGCCAAGAUUCAUGACUCAGAAAAGAAAGCCUUACAAAGAAGGACCCAAAUUUUCCUCUUGGACUCUUUAACUGGGUGGUAGCUCCAUGCCGCUGUCUCCAAUGAGGUGUUGGUCGCUGUCCAUCACCUCUAUGGUGCUGAAAUUUGGAUGAUGUCUAUCCGGAGAUCUCAGGGCUGCUGCUGCGUGUCGCAUUUCAACGAGGACAAUGGUAGGUUUGUCCUCUUAGCGGUGCUCAUCAUAGCAUACCUGACAGCUGGAGCCACCAUCUUCUCAGCCAUCGAAAGCCCAUCUGAAGCAGAAGCUUUGCAGCGUUGGAACUGGACCCUUCAGAACUUCAGCCAGAUCUUCAACAUUAGCCUCCCUGAGCUACGGGCCUUUUUAAGAAGUUAUGAGGCAGCCAUGGCUGCCGGCAUCAGGGCAGAUGCCCUCCGACCAAGAUGGGAUUUCACAGGAGCAUUCUAUUUUGUGGGCACAGUGGUGUCAACUAUAGGUUUCGGGAUGUCCACACCGGCAACGGUCGCUGGCAAAGCCUUCCUCAUCGUUUAUGGUCUCUUUGGGUGUGCCGCAACAAUCCUCUUCUUCAACCUCUUCCUGGAGCGCAUCAUCUCCCUACUCGCUUUGGUGAUGAAGGCUUGCCACGAGAGGCAGCUGAGGAGGAGCGGCCUUCUACCUCCAACCUGCCGAAGGGGCUCAUCCAUGUCCGACGUCGACAGCCUGAUUGGGUGGAAGCCAUCAGUCUAUCACGUGAUGCUGAUCCUGGGAAUCCUUGCCAUUACUAUCGCUUGCUGUGCCUCGGCCAUGUACACCGCCGUGGAAGGGUGGAAUUACAUCGACUCCUUGUACUACUGUUUCGUCACCUUCAGCACCAUUGGGUUUGGCGACCUGGUGAGCAGCCAAAACGCCGUGUACCGAAAUCAGGGAUUAUACAGAUUUGGGAACUUCAUGUUUAUAUUGAUGGGGGUCUGCUGCAUCUACUCCCUUUUUAACGUCAUCUCGAUUGUAAUCAAGCAGGUUUUAAAUUGGAUGCUCAGAAAGUUCCGGUGCCGGUGCUGUCCAGAUUGCCAUAAACCGACCGCUCGCCUCGGGCGCCGCAAUGCCAUCACACCGGGGUCCCGGUUCCGCCGGCACAACAUCUCUAUGGAGACGGACGGACAGUACGACAGCGACACAGAGGGGAGGCGCCUUUCGGGUGAGAUGAUCUCCAUGAGGGAUCUCACCGCCUCCAACAAAGUCUCUCUGGCCCUCCUGCAAAAGCAACUAUCCGAGACGGCCAAUGGCUACCCUCGGAAUGUCUGCAUAAACACGAGGCAAAAUGGCUUCUCAGGAGGAGUAGGCGCUCUAGCUAUCAUGAACAAUAGACUGGCAGAGACAAGCGAUUCUAGGUAG